CUGCAGUCGCCUCCUCUCAGUACCACGGACAGCGAACAUCUGGGAGCCGGGACACAGAUUUCCGUCAGUACCAGAGGAUUAACUGGACUGAUCUGACAUCGAGGACUUUACUUCAGGCUGUUUGUUGAUGUAAGACAUAAGGAGACUUGUGACUUUCUGGCUGCUGGGUAUCUGUCAGUGUGAACCCGCUGCUUCCUCGAUCUGCGCGUGAAUUACCAAUGUGAAACGAGACUUAAAACAUGUUAUUCAUAGGUGGACUGCAUCCUGUUAAGUGCUAGAGUGUUGGGACAAGUCUGUACGCCGUGUUUUUAAGGCAUGGUCAUCAUAUGGAAAAUGAAACCUAACUUAAAUUCCGUGCGUAAAAUCCAAUCUGGCACUUUUUCUGUUUGACGCACAACACACUGGAUCACAUGUGCGUUAAAGAAUCAUGACCGUCUAAUUUAUGGUGCAUAAUUGUGGAUCUGAUUGAUUUUGAGAUCAUUUAUGUUUUUAUUAAGUUGAACGUAGGACGUGAAGAUAGAAAGAGGACGCAAAGAAGGUAGAACACCUGCGCGCAUCUGCACCAAAGACAUUAAUGAAAGAAUAUCGAUCGCUAUAGACUGUACUUCUCAAUAUCGGGAGUGUUAUCUGAAAGACAGGUGGGUUGAAUCAUUUGAAGUGAAAGGGAAACAAAAAAGUAAAAGGCUGUGCUUUAAUAAGUGAGGCUGGGAGGAAAAGAUCUGGACUUUUUGGCACCAUCUCCCCCAGAAUGGAGCUCCACAACCAGACCCACUGGUUACCCCCUUCAUCGGACACGAACUCCUCUUCCUCGCCUUUCCUCGUCCCCUAUCCCCGCCUGUUCAACAUCUCCUCCAACAUGUCCACUCAGAGUGUGCCGUUCCAGGGUAGCAGCACUCUGGUGACUGCGGUCAUCUCCCUCACAGUUUUCAUGGCAGGUCUGAUCGGUAACACUCUGGCCAUCUACGUGGUGCUGCGCUACGCCAAGAUGAAGACCGUCACCAACAUCUACAUCCUGAACCUGGCCGUGGCCGAUGAACUCUACAUCAUCGGGCUGCCCUUCCUCACCACCCAGAAUGUGCUCUCCUACUGGCCGUUCGGCUCCUUCCUGUGCCGUGUGGUCAUGACAGCGGACUCCAUGAACCAGUUCACCUCUAUUUUCUGCCUCACGGUGAUGUCCAUAGAUCGGUACCUGGCAGUGGUUCACCCGAUCCGCAGCACCAAGUGGCGUCACCCUCGCGUGGCCAAGGUGGUGAGCGCAGCUGUGUGGGCUGUGUCCUUUGUGGUGGUCCUGCCAGUGGUCAUCUUCUCGGAUGUCCAGGACACAUUUAAUUCCUGCAACAUGAUAUGGCCAGAGCCAAAGGACGUGUGGUCCACAGCCUUCAUUCUCUACACAGCUACAGUGGGCUUCUUUGGACCGCUGCUCAUCAUCUGCCUCUGCUACCUGCUCAUCGUAAUCAAGGUGAAGUCUUCAGGUGCCAGGGCCGGCUUCACCAAGCGCCGUCGCUCAGAGCGCAAAGUGACAAGGAUGGUGGUGGUGAUUGUGGUGGUGUUUGUUCUCUGCUGGCUGCCUUUCUUCAUUAUCAACAUGGUUAACCUGGUGGUCAUCAUCCCUGAGUCCAGCGUCACUGCAGGAAUUUACUUCUUUGCCGUCAUCCUGUCCUACGCCAACUCUUGUGCCAACCCCAUCCUCUACGGCUUUCUGUCGGACAACUUUAAACAAAGCUUCAGAAAAGUGUUGUGUGUAAAGAGUGUGCGGUGUAAAACCAAUGGCGUAGAUGACGGUGACCCAAGCGCUCCACGCACUGAGAAAACCACAGCACACGACUGCGCCUUGGUCUCCCCUCGUAACCAGGUUUACCACAACCCUCAGUGCAGCCAGGUCUCUCCUCAACCUCCAGGCUCUCCUACUUCUCACACGGCUGCAGACCUUCACCGCUUCACCUCUCCGAGUCAAUCUCCCUCUAUUUUUGCAGGAAAUGGACCGACCACUACAGUGAAUGCCGCUAUUGUAAACGCAGUUGAACCUCCAACCCCCACAUCUCUGGCUUCACCCUCUGCCUCUGUGGCUCAACAAGAACAAUAAUGAAUCAAAAUAAAGCAUGCACAAAAGUGGAUUUUCUCAUAUUCUGACAUUUCGCUGCUUCCGCUUCACUAGUGAUGCAUUGAAACAUCGUGAUUCAUUGUAAUGUAACAGUCCUCAGCUGGAUGUCAGGCUCCACUUUUCUUUGCAUCCAACCAUCAUGUGUAAGUGCCUUUUCAGCCAUUGUCUGAAACCAUUACUGAUCUAAAACAAGACAGAUAGAGUUAGGCCUUACUUGCUUGUCUUACAUUCUUUUUAUAUCUCAAACAAAAUGUACAAAUGUAUUUUUUCCCCUGAAACAAACAGUGGCAUUUGGAUUCUGAAGCUGGUUGGAAGGGAUUGUGUACAUUCAUUGUGAAUAUGAAAAAUACACAUUUUUGGAUAUAAGAUGAAGGUAAAUUCACAUAGGACCCUUUUUCUUGUACAGUUUUACUUACGGCAAUGGUUACUGCCACAGUACUGUGGUACAAAAUAUUGGCUUGUCUAUUGCCACAGA